AUGAAGCUGCCCCACCCUUCCGCAAAACCGAGGAGACGAGGCUCCGACCCCGAGUACGACAAACAGACGGACUACCGCGCGGCGUUAGCAGGGAUUAUGAGCUCAAAAUCAAGACCUUUCGCGGUCUCUGGACGCGUGCCCAUGGACCCCGCGCAGCUCGCGCUCUUCUUCCGAACAAAGGCUGGGAUCAACUACUCGCUCGACUUCCCGAUCGACGUUGAUGUGGACAUGCCCCCUGCGCUGGACAUGCUCAUCGCCUCGUGUCUGUCGCAUCCGACGGCAGACGGAUACGCCGAGAACGAGUCGCUCUACUUCCCGCCCACGCUCCCGCUCACCGCGACGCUCGAGCUUGCGAACCACCCCAUCCUCGACGCCGUCCGCAACUCGCUCUUCCACUCGCUCCCCGUCGGCCACUUCCUCACCGUCGUGCGCGACAAGCUCGAGAUCUGGCCGAAGGGAAACGGGCUCGUCGUCCAGGCGCGCGCGCCCGACAGCCGCGUCGCGACGAUCCUCGUCACGCUCCCCGUCAAGUUCCGCGGCGGGUCGCUGCUCGUGCGCAGCACGGAGGGGCGCGAGGAGAAGUUUUACGGGCGCGGCGGCAAGGGCGCGGACCUCGAGUGGACCGCGCUCAUUGCCGGCUGCGAGUACGAGGUGCAGCCGGUGCGCGCGGGCGCGCGCAUCACGCUCGCCUACGCCGUCCACCUCAAGAGCUUCGGCACGGCGGGGAUCCAGCCCGACCCGCUCAUCACGCCGAGCGACCAGUUCUUGGACAUGCUCUCCCCGGUGCUCAACGCGUCUCGUGGGCGCAAGAUUGCGUUCUACCUCACUGCCGACUACGGCGUCAACCCGGGAGAGGUCGUCGCGGAGUCGUUGGUGCCCAGCCUCAAGGGCGGCGACUCGAUACUGUACCACGCGCUCAAGAUGUACAAGCUCACGCCGGAGCUGCGCUGGACCGCGGGCGGGUAUAUCUGGCCCGUGGGCCAGACAGUAGAGAUGACGCAUGAGAACGCGGACAGCCCGACAGCGUCGGUCGGACGGGGCUCCCUCUCCGGGUCGCACUUGCCGCCGCCGAUACGGGGGCCGUUUAGCUCGUCGGCGUCGGAACCCGGGGAGGAUGAGACGGACGAUCUGCGGCUGAAGGUAGUCAAGAGCGGGGGCAUCCCGCUCGCGGCCGCGGACAUCCUGCUGCUCUCGGACCACGUCACCUUCCCGGGCGUGAUCUCGCGCGAGCGAGUGCCGUUCGUGUCGUCGACGGGGGAGAUGGAGAAGCUGGUGGUGAACGUGCUGAUGGUCGUGUUUGUCCCGUAG